AUGAUUACGUAUUUGAUAAUAUUUCAGGGUUCUGGCAAGACAUACACAAUUGGCAGUUCAAACACAUCAGAACUACUCGAUGAUGAAUAUGGAGUCAUACCCAGAGCUUUGGAACAAAUAUUUCACGUGAUUCAGGUUGAGAAACUCUUUGUUAAUACCUCGUUAUUUGCCUUUUUACUAAGUUUACUUGCCUUUUUAUUAAGUUUACUUGCCUUUUUACUAAGUUUGCUUGCUUCAUUUGAAAUGGAAUUGGACAGUGGCGUCGGAACAGUUUUUAUUUUGUGGGGGCCAGUUUCCAUAAAUUGUCCAACAUAUAAACAUUUUCCCUGGAAAUGUUGGCAGGGGCGAAAAAUAUUUCGCACCUAACAUAUUUCCGACUUUUAUUUUUAAUACACGUACUAGCUUUCUUUCAUCUUUCAUGAAUUUUUUCUCUAAAUUUGCCCAAUUUUUGUACAGUAUAUGAAUACAGUAUAUAAAAUUUAGAAUCUUAUCCGUGUUUUUUUUGGGUAGGGGAGGAGGUGGGGGGGGGGUGGAGGCUGCCCACCCCAUUCCACCGCCUAUGAAAUUUGAUGGUAUCUUAAUGCGUAUAAGGUCAAACUUUAAUGCGAGCAAUGCUUUAAAUUCUCAUUCUUAGGAGCAUAAAGACAAGAUCCAUUUCGUCGUGAGUGCUUCGUAUAUUGAGAUCUACAUGGAGGAAGUGCGCGAUCUCCUGGAUCUAGAAACCUCCACAAAAGAUAUUCACAUCAGAGAGGAUGAACAUGGCAAUACAGGUGACUAGGAUUAUGAAUAUGAAUAUUAUGAAUAUGAGCAAUGACACAGAUCAUUCUGUUGCUUUGCAAGCAUUGGGCUAGAAGCCGCUAAAAACAGAAAGGAAGGAAAGCAAAGCAAAAAUCAUGUACAAAUUAUUAAAUAACAUGAGUCGCAAGUCGCUCACUAAUCUUUUCACAUAUAAAGAUGAGAUGACAAACUACAAACUUCGGAACAUUUCAAGUAGUCUUUGUUUACCACAACCGCGUACUAAUAACAUGAAAAAAGUUUUAUCUAUGAUGGAGCAUACCUUUGGAAUUCUAUUCCAAAAAAAAUUAGAGAGAGCAAAUCCCUUUCUUCCUUUCGAAAGAAAAUCGCUACUAACAUUGAUUGAUAUGUAGGUAAUGUAAAUAUAGUGCGAAGGUUCGCUCGAAACGUCGAGUUUCUGCUUGUUUUUUAAGGUAGUGAUAUAACCACUCAGCACAGCAUUUUCACAUUGGUACUACCUACACUGGUACAGACAGUUUUAAUGUAAAUAUAGAUCUACCUGUAAAUAGAUUAUUAUACUGGUUAAUUACGUUAAUACAAUAUAUCAUAUAUAAUUUUGUAAAUAGUUUUUAAAAUUCUUUAUAUGUACACCCUUAACCGUUACAAUAUGAUAUCAUACGGGUUAUAAACAGCACUGAAAUUAAAGUACAAUUGGUCUCCAGUUUUAAACAGUAUACCAAUCUGACAUUGUUUUAAACUUAUAAGCUAAUCAUAAUUGUUUGAUAACCAGCCCUUCAUGUAUCCGUUUGAAGUCCUGGCUAAUAAUAAUUUGCGUAUGGCCAAUACUGUUUUACUCUGCUGAGGCUCCGGCUAUUAAUUGAUGAGCAAAGCGAGUAUGCAAAGAAUGGGACAUCGAAGCUUCAAGGGCGCUGUGAGUUGAGUGGUGGGCAAAGGGAGGCUUUGUGUAUUUGGUAUAUUUUCUGAGUGCAAGACUGGGCUAAAAAUUUCAGCUUGUCAUGACUGCAAGUACCGGCGAAUUACACACAACCUCUGGCGCAUGGCUGUCAAAUGCCUUCUUAGCGCUGGCGAAAUUCGCCGGCCUACACCAAGACGGGUGGAUAACAGUUUCCAAACAGUAUAUGAACAAGCUUUCGUUGCUAAGGAUGCGACUAACUGAAAAAUAUAUAAGGAGAAUUUCGGCGUUUCGAGCGAAGGCCCUUCAUCUGGAGUUACUCAAGGGCCUUCGCCCGAAACGUCGAAAUUCUCCUUAUAUAUUUUUCAGGUAGUUGCAUUCCUACCAAAGAAAGCUUGUUUUUCAAGAUGAUAUUUCCAAACACUACAUUGAUCUUCAAAAAAGUGACAUCAAUUAUUUGAUAUUAUUUCUUGAAGUAAUCACUGGAGCAACAGAACAGGUUGUGGAAACUGCAGAUGAAGCAUUGAGUUGUCUGGACGCUGGGGCGGCUGGUCGCCAUGUUGGGAGCACAAAUAUGAACGAACAUUCAAGCAGAUCUCAUGCCAUAUUUACUCUUUAUAUUGGUUAGCUAACUUACAUGUUGUUUAACCUAUUGAGUGCCAGCCCUCUCCCCUUGACGAGUAGUUAUAGAGAGAAGUUUUCUUUCAUUACAGCUGAAUGUAAAAGCUGAUACCUGGAGCCUAAUAGACCAAUCCCCAAUUGAUCUCAACAAGUCUAGACAAAAUUCCAUCACAGCAUGAAAGAGCAUCACAAAAUUAGUAAUAUUCCAAAGUUUCGUUGCGAAAUGUUGUAAAAUGCAGAUAAUAUAGCCUUGCGAAGUUUGCAAUUUUCAGUGGCAUUUUGUAUUGCGAGCGGGAAACGGUUACAACUUUUCCAAAAUUUUGAUCUCAACUAGCCUAAACAAAAAUUUCAUCACAGCUUGAAAGAGCAUCACAAAAUUAGUAAUAUUCCAAAGUUUCGUUGCGAAAUGUUGUAAAAUGCGGAUAAUAUAGCCUUGCGAAGUUUGCAAUUUUCAGUCAUUUUGCAUUACGAACGGGAAGUGGUAACCAUUUCCCGCUUGUAAUAGUGAUGCUCUUUCAUGCUGUGAUGGAAUUUUGUCUGAGACUUGUUGAGAUCAAAACGUUGGUUAAUUGGGGAUUGGUCCAUUAAUGCUCGUAUCCCGCAGGUUUUCUGGAUUUAUGGCUGUGAUUAGGUUUAUUUGGAAAAUAAAAUUUGGCUUUGUGGGAACAUAUUAUUGACUCAGUGUAACUCAGCCCAAAGUGUGUCUGUCUUAUCCUAAAAGAUAGAAGCUUGAAAUAUAUUGUGGCACAAACCACAUCAACUUAAGUUGUUUAUUUUUGUAGAUUUUUAUUAAUUUUGUGAUUCUGUUGUUUUUCACAGAGCAACACACGAUUCAGGCUGAGGAAAAAGAGAACGAAGACAAUCCUGUCACAGCUGGUACGUUUGUGGAACAAAAAUACAUUCACUCAGAUAGAAGGUCACCUGACCUUUUUGCGUGUGAGAUGCAUGUGUUAGCAAUG